GCGGAGUGCUUCCGGUUCUCGAGCAGCCCCGGCGGCGGCCGAGUUCUAGUUCCGGUGCGGCUGGUUCCCGGGACGUUCGCUUGGGGUGAGAGAGGGCUGCUCCCCUCCCCUCCUUCCUUUGGCUCAGCUGAUGCCUGACGGAGCUGUGGGGGUUUAUUUUGAACAUAUGUUGCAAAGAUGGCUGUUUCUCUCAUUAUAAAAUGGGGUGGGCAGGAAUUUUUGAUAACCACCCUUUCAGAAGAGGAUACAGUGUUGGAUCUCAAGCAGUCUCUCAAAGGGCUUACUGGAGUGCUACCAGAGCGUCAAAAACUUCUUGGACUUAAAGUGAAAGGCAAGCUAGCAGAGAAUGAUGUUAAGCUUGGAGCACUAAAAUUGAAACCAAAUACUAAAAUUAUGAUGAUGGGGACUCGUGAAGAAAGCUUGGAAGACGUCCUUGGGCCACCUCCUGAUAAUGAAGACGUAGUAAAUGAUUUUGAUAUUGAAGAGGAAGUUGUUGAAGUAGAGAACAGGGAAGAGAAUUUACUAAAAAUCUCCCGCAGAGUUAAAGAGUACAAAGUGGAAAUAUUAAAUCCUCCACGAGAAGGGAAGAAAUUGUUGGUGUUGGAUGUUGAUUAUACGCUGUUUGAUCAUAGGUCAUGUGCAGAGACUGGAAUUGAGCUGAUGAGACCAUAUCUUCAUGAGUUCCUGACAUCUGCAUAUGAAGACUACGAUAUUGUAAUUUGGUCUGCUACCAAUAUGAAGUGGAUUGAAGCUAAAAUGAAAGAGCUGGGAGUGAGCACCAACGCAAACUACAAGAUAACCUUCAUUCUGGACAGUGCUGCCAUGAUAACUGUGCACACUCCAAGGCGAGGAUUAAUUGAUGUGAAACCUCUGGGUGUUAUAUGGGGCAAAUUUUCAGAGUUUUACAGCAAGAAAAAUACUAUCAUGUUUGAUGAUAUUGGGCGGAAUUUUCUGAUGAAUCCACAAAAUGGACUAAAGAUAAAACCUUUCAUGAAAGCACAUUUAAACAGAGAUAAAGAUAAGGAGCUCCUAAAACUUACUCAGUACCUCAAGGAAAUAGCAAAAUUGGAUGACUUCUUGGAGUUGAACCACAAACACUGGGAAAGGUACCUUUCAAAGAAGCAAGGACAGUAGCUUUAAUUUGUAACACUGAAACCAAGCGGAACAUAGAGACCUUUUGACCCUUCCUCUUGUGUAAGCUAGAAUAAAAUAGUGCUGGACACUGAUUUAACCACCAGAAUGACUGCUUAUACUUGGUCUUCCCGUUGGUUUGCUUUGGGUCUGUCUUUCUGUCUAUGUCUUUCUCUUCUGAAGAUUACUGCUAACAACAAAAAGGAAAACCGGAUGGUUUUUUUUUCUUGAGUUUAUCUCUGGUGUUACUAUUAAAAAUGAUGUCACCUUUAUUGCUACUAUAGUAUUUACAAGAUUUUAAAGACCCUAUUGUUUUGAAAUUAGGGGGGAAGUUUUAGACCACCCCCCACCCCCCCAAAAAACAAAAAACACCACAACAACUAUGGAGCCAGUUUUGGCAUUGUUGGUUCUAAAAACUAUUUCCCCUUCCCGUUAUGGUAUUUAACUAUGAACUAUAAGCUGUCUAAUUAUGUAUUAGUAUGUCAAAUGUUCCUUUGUGCAAGACAGUUUUCAGGGUGGAAAGUACCACUAGGGGGCAAAAAUGCCUUCAUGUGUAGCUCUUGAUAAUAAAAACUGUGUAAUUGGAUUGUAUACGAUUGGAGAGUAGGAAGAAUUUUUUUUAAAAAAUGACUUCUAAUGCUUGGUUUGAAAAGCAUUCCUUUUCUUACAGAAAAAAUACUUCUAGCCUGAGGCAAUGCGUUAACCUGAGGAGAGCCAAGGACUAAUUCUUCAAAGCAUGAACAUUAGUUGUUCGGUUCUAGUUAAAGCUUGUCUGGAUACAAACUCUCUUAAUGGCAAUAUUUUAGCCACAGCUGUUCUAAGGUAUCACUUAAAGUUGUGCUGCUUCAGCCUGCACUGUGGAAGUGUGAUGUGAUCACUGUCUCGCAUUGCUGACAGUCCCUCAUCCUACCAUUUUUGCAUUUGAAAGCAAACUGCCCCUUUCAAAUAAAGAUAGCAUAUAUUGUUCUUAAGGAACUAGAGCAAGCUCAUAAUAAAAAUAAUAAUAAUAAAUGCCUUUUCUUAAAACCUGUGUUCUGUUGUUCUCAAACUUCUCGUUACAGACAAGUGUUAUGCGCUUUGAGGUUUAUUUGAGGCACAAGGCUUUAUUAAUGAUUGAGUCCAUAUUGUGCAAGACACACUCUAAUGGAAUUUGAUUGGCGUGAAGCUGUUGCUGAAGUGAAGCCAGAAAAUAAGACUACAGUUUUUAUGCCAAGUGACAUAGUUUAGGAUUACAAACCAUGAAGCAUGCAGAGCUGCUGAGUAGUCCUAACUGACCAAAACUCUGAUGUUCUUCUGCCUGUUAAUAUGCGGGUGGGGAUUGCAACCCAAGAUCGCAUUCUGUACUCUUCUGAACACAUGUGCUCCAUCUUGGGUGGAGCUAGUUUCCUAGCUAUAGCAUUAUAGUGGAGAGAGAAUUUUCUCGUAUUUGUUUAAUUCACCAGUGACUUAUAGUGACAUAAGUUCCAGUAAUUCUAAGCACCAGUUAUCUACAGUGUGCUGGCUAUAACUGGUUUUCAAAAAGGAGUGUUACAGUCUAUGGUAGUUGUAGAAUGAACUUAGAACAUAGUUUCUCGGAUCAGUGGCUAAUUCACUCCGAGCGCCUUUAGGGCACCUUUUUGACUUUUUAGUUGAUAUUGGAUCAGUUUCUGUAUUGACUAUAAUGGCAGUCUGAAUAAAAAGUGUGCAGUUUCCAGAAAUGUCUGGAAACAUGCAGUCUUAGUUGUGUAGCAAAUGUCAUUGCAUUAAUGAAUUACAGUUUUAAGUUGUGUAGCAAAUGUCAUUCCAUUACAGUGGGUUGGAUGAACUGCCUUAUCCUGAGACCAUCCGUACCAGUAUUAUCAGCUUGAGCAGUCUACACUUUCCCAAGAGUUUCGGCAGAGACCUUCCUGCCUGAUAUCCUCUGAAGUGGAGAAGUCAGGGAUUGAAUCUGAGACAUUCCGCAUGCAAAGCAUGUGCUCUACCAAUGAGUCAAGGCCCUCCUCUGGAAAAAUAAGAGUACAAUUGAUCCUGAAGUCCACUUUACAUAUUGCUAAGUGAUUGUCAUAUGAUUAAUCCAAGUAAUCACCAUAGAUUCACAGGCACAUCAUGAGUUGCUCAGAAUGCCACUGAAAUUAAAACUGAACUACAAAUUGAGCUUUCCCACAUCUUAUCAUACAACCUGUAUAGUGACCUAAACACUCUUUAUCUGAUCCAGUAUUCUCAAAUAACGUUCUGCCUAAAUUCAGGAUGUUGUACAUAUGACACCCAAGAUUUAGGCACUGCAGUACUCAAGAAUAGAGUACUGGUCAAAGAAUGUUUAGAUCACUGAAAUCUUAACAGAUUUCAGCAGCUGUCUUGGGUGAAUGUUUCUAGUACUGUAUGCUCUAACCUACUGGGAAGCAGAGCACUGGAGGACAAAGCUUAAGUAACUAUAGGUACACUGCACAGUGUUCCUAUUGAUGCCUUCUUUAAAUAUUAAUCUUUUUUGUAAGCCAUUGAAAUGUUUUUGUCUAGCUGAUGAUGACAUUCAUACUAAUAAAAUGACAUUCUUGCCUA